AUGGUUAGAAAGGAGCCCUCGUUGGGACGGCUGAAAACCCUGGUUAAGGUUGAGCAGCUCGCGGACAUGCUUAACAGACACGGCUGCACCGAAGAUCAAAUUGCAAAAAUAAUCAGACUGCGUCCCACGUUGACGACGGUAAGUGCGGAAAGAGUGCUGGAGCCCAAGAUUAAAGUGCUAAUAGAUUUGGGUAUGGAGACGGAAAAUAUUGCCAAAAUUGUAGUCAGGCACACCGCCAUCUUGACCUCUAAGCAGGAGAUCCUCCGGUCCAACUCUGAUUUUCUCAGGACUGUAUUCCAGACAAAGGAUUUUCUGAUCACAGCAAUUAUGAGAAGCCCCAGUAUUCUUUGCCUGAAGGCCUUGAAACCCUCGGUUGCUUUUUGGGAGGGUUUUGGUUUUCGUGGAAUAGAGUUAAUCAAAUUUUUGUUGUUUAAUCCUAGGGUUUUGACGUACAGCUCUCUGACGCCCGAGCAACUUGAUCUCAUUCGCAAGAUUGGGAUUCAGAAGGAAAAAAAAAUGUACAAAUACGUUGUGAGCAUGGUGGCCAACAACCGCAUCGAAGUGUUACAGGUCAAGAUCGACAAUCUUCAGCUUUGCGGCUUGUCGCCUGAAGAAGCCUGGGAAAUAGUUAGGGCUGAACCUUCAGUCCUCACCAAGUCGGAGGAAAACGUUAAGAAAAAGAUGAACUUUAUGUUCAAUCACAUGCAACUCUCUGUGAACUAUGUGACAAAGCAUCCUCGCAUGUUUACAAUGAGUUUGGACAAGGUAAUGAGGCCCAGGUUUUUAGUUUUGCAAAGUAUGACAGCAAUGAAUGGAGCAGGGCAGGUUAAUCCGCGGGGACUUCUAACUAUAUUGAUGAUGACCCAGGCCAAGUUUGUUGCCCGGAUCAUCCAAGCGCAUCCUGAAUACGCUGCUCUGUGGACUGUUUAUAAAAAUGCCCUUGCUAAUGUCUCAAAAAGCCCAAAGGUAAAGUGGCGAUACUGA